AUGGCAGAGACAGAAGCAGGAGACAAUUUGAUUCCAGUUCGUCGUUGGAUCCGUAGACAUUACACGAAAUUGACAAGGAGUAGCGAAGCAAGAUGCAAUCAUUGUAAUGAAAAAUUUAGUAUACAUCUAAAACGCUUAGCUACUUUAUAUAACCACUUGAUAGAAGGACAUCCAGACAAAUUAAUAGAAGAAGAAAAGAAUGAAGUUAAAUUCCAUUGGGCUUGGGACUAUUAUAUCGUAAAAAGCAGUACAGAAGCAACAUGUAAACAAUGUAAAGUAACAGUGAGAUACAAGCAAGUAAAUGAAUUGAAAAUACAUUUAAAAAGAAUUCACGGGAUGUCAGGUCCAACUUCAGAUAACGUAAUAGAUAACGAAAGCAGUUCAGAUGAAGACAUGGAUGCAAACAAGGACGUAACUCUAAGAAAAGCAACACGUCAAGAUACUUCAUCGAACUUAACAAACUUAUCCGACAGUUUAAACGAAUCUACAGAAGGAAUAAAAGGACUUAAUAAGGAAGCACAAAACGAUUUCGUACCGGUUCGGCUCUGGAUGCGUGCACAUUACACAAAAUUGAAUAACGAAGCAAGAUGCAUUCAUUGUAACAGAAAAUUCAUUAUACAUAUUAAAAAGUUAUCUGGUUUGCAUAAGCACUUGGUAGAGUCACAUCCAGACAAAUUAGCGGAAGAAGAGAAGAAUGAAGUGAAAUUCCAAUGGGCUUGGGACUAUUAUAUCGUAAAAAGCAGUACAGAAGCAACAUGUAAACAAUGUAAAGUAACAGUGAGAUACAAGCAAGUAAAUGAAUUGAAAAUACAUUUAAAAAGAAUUCACGGGAUGUCAGGUCCAACUUCAGAUAACGCAAUAGAUAACGAAAGCAGUUUAGAUGAAGACAUGGAUGCAAACAAGGACGUAACCCUAAGAAAAGCAACACGUCAAGAUACUUCAUCGAACUUAACAAACUUAUCCGAUAGUUUAAACGAAUCUACAGAAGGAAUAAAAGGACUUAAUAAGGAAGCACAAAACGAUUUCGUACCGGUUCGGCUCUGGAUGCGUGCACAUUACACAAAAUUGAAUAACGAAGCAAGAUGCAUUCAUUGUAACAGAAAAUUCAUUAUACAUAUUAAAAAGUUAUCUGGUUUACAUAAGCACUUGGUAGAGUCACAUCCAGACAAAUUAGCGGAAGAACAGAAGAAUGAAGUGAAAUUCCAAUGGGUUUGGGACUAUUAUAUCGUAAAAAGCAGUACAGAAGCAACAUGUAAACAAUGUAAAGUAACAGUGAGAUACAAGCAAAUGAGAAGUUUGAGAAAUCAUUUAAAAAGAAUUCACGGGAUGUCAGGUCCAACUUCAGAUAACGCAAUAGAUAACGAAAGCAGUUUAGAUGAAGACAUGGAUGCAAACAAGGACGUAACCCUAAGAAAAGCAAAACGUCCAGAAGCUUCAUCUAACUUAACAAACUUAUCUGACAGUUUAAACGAAUCUACAGAAGGAAUAAAAGAAGUUAAUGAGGAAGCACAAAACGAUUUCCUCCCAUUUCGGCUCUGGAUGCGUGAACAUUACACGAAAUUGACAAGGUGUAACGAAGCAAGAUGCAAUCAUUGUAAUGAAAAAUUUAAUAUAGAUGUACAUCAGUUAGCUGCUUUACAUAAGCACUUGAUAGAAGCACAUCCAGACAAAUUAGCGGAAGAAGAGAAGAAUGAAGUGAAAUUCCAUUGGGCUUGGGACUAUUAUAUCGUAAAAAGCAGAUACUCGGUCCCCGGUUCAGAUAAUCACAUGGAUAAUGAGAACAAUUCCAGUAAUUAUGUGGAUGCAGACAGGAAUACGACUAUAAAGGAAGCAAAAUAUCAAGAAGACUUAUCUAACUCAAUUGGUUCAUGUAGCAUUUCAUAUGAAAAAACAGGAGGAACAGAAUGUCUUAACGAGUAA